CUGGGUCCCACCGUGGCCGCGAAUUAUUCCAGUAUGAGCACCCGGAGAGAACAUGUCAAAGUUACAACCGGCUCCCAGCCAGGCUUCCUGGAACGGCUGAGCGAGACCUCGGGUGGGAUGUUCGUGGGGCUCAUGACCUUCCUGCUCUCCUUCUACCUAAUUUUCACCAAUGAGGGCCGCGCACUGAAGACGGCAUCCUCGCUGGCUGAGGGGCUCUCGCUUGUGGUGUCCCCUGACAGCAUCCACACUGUGGUUCCAGAGAAUGAAGGAAGGCUGGUGCACAUCAUCGGUGCCCUGCGGACAUCCAAGCUUUUGUCUGAUCCAAACUAUGGGGUCCAUCUUCCGGCUGUGAAACUGCGGAGGCACGUGGAGAUGUACCAGUGGGUAGAAACUGAGGAGUCCAGGGAGUACACCGAGGACGGGCAGGUGAAGAAGGAGACGAGGUACUCCUACAACACCGAAUGGAGGUCAGAAAUCGUCAACAGCAAAAACUUUGACCGAGAGAUUGGCCACAAAAACCCCAGUGCCAUGGCGGUGGAGUCGUUCACGGCAACAGCCCCCUUUGUCCAAAUUGGCAGGUUUUUCCUCUCGUCAGGCCUCAUCGACAAAGUCGACAACUUCAAGCCCCUGAGCCUAUCCAAGCUGGAGGACCCUCACGUGGACAUCCUUCGCCGCGGGGACUUUUUCUACCACAGCGAAAACCCCAAGUACCCAGAGGUUGGAGACUUGCGCAUCUCCUUUGCCUAUGCUGGACUGAGCAGCGAUGACCCUGACCUGGGCCCGGCUCACGUGGUCACUGUGAUUGCUCGGCAGCGAGGUGACCAACUAGUCCCAUACUCCACCAAGUCUGGGGAUACUUUGCUGCUCCUGCACCACGGGGACUUCUCAGCAGAGGAGGUAUUUCAUAGAGAACUAAAGAGCAACUCCAUGAAGACCUGGGGCCUGCGGGCGGCCGGCUGGAUGGCCAUGUUCAUGGGCCUCAACCUCAUGACUCGGAUCCUCUACACCCUGGUGGACUGGUUUCCUGUCUUCCGAGACCUGGUCAACAUUGGCCUGAAAGCCUUUGCCUUCUGCAUGGCCACCUCACUGACCCUGCUGACUGUGGCGGCUGGCUGGCUCUUCUACCGGCCCCUGUGGGCCCUCCUCAUCGCCAGUCUAGCCCUGGUGCCCAUCAUUGUUGCUCGGACACGAGUGCCGGCCAAAAAGCUGGAGUGAAAAGACCUGGCACCCACUCGACACCUGCGUGAGCUCUAGGAUCCAGGUCUCCCUCACCCCUGACCCAGCUCCAUGCCAGAGCAGGAGCUUGGAGCAGUUUUGGACUCUGCACCCCCUCUCCUCUCCAGGGGCCAGACUUGACAGCACAUGCAACGGGUUGGUCUUCCCCAUGCCCCUUCUUGCCAGUAAGCAGCUUGUAAAUGGCAACCUGACAGCUUCUCCUACUGUUUCCUUCCUCUCUCCUGGACUGAGUGGGUACGGCUGGCCACCCAGCCCAUCGGCAGCUGACGACGCAGACGCUCCACAGAGGCCUGCUGAUAAAGGGCUCAGCCUUGCUAUAUGCUGCUUCUCAUCACUGCACACGGUGCCAGGCUUUGCCACCACCACCAAGCACAUCUGUGAUCCUGAGGGGUGGCCAUUUGUCAUUACUGCUGAGUCCUGGGUCACCAGCAGACACACUGGGCAUGGACCCCACAAAGCAGGCACACCGAAAAUCUAGUCUGUGGCCAGAACCUGAUUUUUUACUUAAACACUGAAGAUGUUCCAAGGAGAAAAGCUGGACAUAUGUUGGGCUUUACAUGUACCUUAUGGCUUGGUAGAAUCUGUAGUGUGUGGGGUCUCUGAAGGCCCUACUUAAGUUUUUCUUCAUUUUGCUGCUUCCUGUGUACUUUCCUACCGCAAGAGGGAGUUUUCUGAAAGAUUUAAAAAAAAAAAACCACACACACAGACCUGAAUGAUUAAUAUUUCAGACUGUUACGGGAAACACCUUUUAGUCUGUCAGUUGAAUUCAGAGCACUGAAAGGUGUUAAAUUGGGGUGUGUAGUUUGAUAAAAAGUUACCUCUGUCAGUAUUUUGUGUCACUGAGAAGCUUUACAAGGGAUGCUUUUGAAACAACCAUUAGCAAAAGGAUUUGUUCCCUCUGGGAAGAGAAGGUGGAGAAAGCACUUGCUUUCGUCCUCUGGCAUCGGAAACUCCCCUGUGCACUUCAAGAUGAUUUAAAAGAUUAAAGAAAAUAUUAAGAGAAAAGUUGGAAUCUUUAUACUAAAUGAAUGGGCUCCUUCAUAGCCCAGUCAACCACAAUAAAGAACUGGGGCCUGAGGCUUGCUAUAGAAUGCCCACACCUGCCUGGCUGAUUUCACUGGGAGUGCUUUGGGCACGGGCACCUGGGCCUCCUAUCUUUGCUUCUGAGUGGUUCUUUUGCGGGUUGUGUCCAUAGCUUUAGUCAUCCUAAAUAAAAUCCACCCACACCUAAGUCACAGAAUUUCUGUUUCCCAACUACUCUCACACCCUUUUAAAGUAUGCUGUAACCAGGAUGAUGUCUUAAAUGAUUUGUAUACCUUCUCUCACAUUCAGAAACUUUUGCACCUGCUGGGAAUAACUGCUUUAGCAAGUUAAGUAUUUGGUAGAUAAAUAAGGAAGGGGUCAGAACUUCUGAAACCAGAGAUCUGUAGUCAUCUCUCUUGGCCUGGGGUGCCUGUACUAUAAAUGAGUUUCUUUACAUGAAAAACACAGCCAGCCCAAGAUGACUUAUCUGGGUUUGGGAUUGAAUAGUAUUCACUAACUGCUUAUAACAUGAGCAAUUUCAUCAAAUCCCCAAAAUCUUAAAGGAUGGUUCUGGAAAACACACAGUAUAACUAGAUGGUGGCUAAAUGCAAAAUCCUUGGGAUUUGGUUUUUUUCUAAUAAGGAUUUUAAGUUACUGCCAACUUCAAAAGUGUUCUUAGAGAGAAAAAUGUUAAGAAAAAUGUGAAAGCUUUGAAAACCAAAUUUGUAUUAUCUUUGUAUUUUUGAUGAAAAAUUUUGAAAUAAAUUUCUAA